AGGAGCGGGUCCAGCUUGCAGCGAUGGAAGCCCUCAAGUCCCAGAACAGCGCAGAGCCCAAGGAGAAGGCUGAUUCGGGCUCAGCGUCCGUCACCAUCCCGGCCUCCCCCUUCAUGCAGAAGCUCGGGUACGGCACCGGGGUGAACGUCUACCUGAUGAAGAGGUCCCCCCGGGGUUUGUCCCGCUCCCCGUGGGCCGUGAAGAAAAUCAACCCCAAGUGCAACAGGAGCCAGCAGAGCAUCUACCAGCAGAGGCUGAACGACGAGGCCAAGGUCCUGAAGAGCCUCCAGCACCCCAACAUCGUGGGUUACCGCGCCUUCACCGAGGCCAACGACGGGAGCAUGUGUCUCGCCAUGGAGUACGGAGGAGAAAAAUCCCUCAGCGACUUGAUCGAGGAGAGGCACGCGGCUCGCCUGGGGCCCUUCCCCGCCGCCACCAUCUUCAAGGUCGCCUUGAGCACGGCCAGGGGGCUGAAGUACCUUCACAACGACAAGAAGCUGCUCCACGGAGACAUCAAGUCCUCGAACGUGGUCGUCAAAGGCGACUUCGAAGCCGUGAAGAUCUGCGACGUGGGAGUCUCCCUGCCCCUGGACGAGAACAUGACGGUGAGCGACCCGGAGGCGCGCUACAUCGGCACCGAGCCCUGGAAGCCCAAGGAGGCUCUGCUGGACGACGGCGUCAUCACCGACAAGGCCGACAUCUUCGCUUUCGGGCUGACCCUCUGGGAGAUGAUGACCCUGGCCGUGCCCCACCUCAGCCUGGCCGGCGGCACCGACGACGAAGAUGAGUCCUUUGACGAAGACGACUUUGACGAGGAGGCGUACUACGCAGCGCUGGGGACGCGGCCGGCCCUGAACAUGGAGGAGCUGGACCCGUCCUACCAGCGCAUGAUCGAGCUCUUCUCCAUCUGCACCAGCGAGGACCCGCACAAGCGCCCCUCGGCCGCCCACAUCGUGGCAGCCCUGGAAGCGAGCCUGCCCCCGCAGUGACGGCUCCCUCCUGGGGCAGCGAGGCCGUGCCCGGAGCU